GUCAACAAAAUCACCGAGGUCAGCCAAGCCAACGCCGCCUUCGCCGAGGAUGGGCGCGAAGGCCUGGUGUUUGUGUUCGCCGGCGCGACGGGCGGCAUCGGCGCGGCGACGCUCGAGAAGCUGGCGGCCAUGGUGCGGUCCGCGACAUUCCACGUCGCCGGCCGCUCUGCAUCCCGCUUCGCCAGCCGGCGCGCGCGGCUCGAGGACCUCAACCCGAAGCUGGCCGUCAAGUUCUUCGAGUGCGACGUCUCGCUGCUCGCCGGCGUCGACGCCUUCGCCCGCGCCGUCGUCGCCGCCGAGUCAAAGGUCGACUACCUCUUCAUGAGCCAGGGCAAGCUGCCGUUCGCUGGCGCCCACUGCAAACCUGGAACAAAAGACACGUCCGAGGCCCUCGAAGCGGCCUUUGCGCUGUCGUACUUCUCGCGCAUGCGCCUCACGUCGGCGCUGCUGCCGCUGCUGCAGCGCGCCCCGCAGCCGCGCGUACUCUGCGUGCUCAACGGCGGCCACGAGGAAGCGCUCGCCGAGGACGACCUGGCGCUGGCCAAGCCGGGCGCGUGGUCCGCGGGCGCGUCGAUCGCACACACGACGACACUGUCGACGCUGGCCCUCGACCUGCUCUCGGCGAAACACACCAACAUCACGUUCCUGCACGCGUACCCGGGGCUCGUGCGCACCGGCAUCGCCGCCGCCAUGGCCGCGCCGGAAAGCGCCGGCUGGCUGGGCCGCGCGCGGGCGGCCGUGCUGCGGGGCCUGUUUGGGUCGUUCCUGUGGCUGGUUGGGACUACGGCCGAGACUGCGGGCGAGCGCCAGGCGUACCACCUUACUGGCCUGCCGGUUGGUGGCGGCGAGCGGCAGCUGGGCCGCGUCGUGCUGGUCGAUGACAAGAGCGAGAUCGUCCACGGCACGCCUGUUCUGGCGCGGUACCGGGCUGAGGGCUGGCCCGAGAGGGUCUGGGAGUUUACCGUGGGCGUUUUUGAGAGCGUGGUUGCUUCUGCUUCGCCGUCU